UCAUGAACGACCCAUCACUGAUAGUGAGUUGAGUGAACCUGUUCUCCUAACUCCUCUAUGAGUGGCUGUGAUGUGAGCUGGAGAGCCGUAUCGAGUUCAGGACAGUAACAUCUGCUCAAAAAGUCCAUGCCAUUUUUAUUUUUAAUUACAGUCGCUAAUGGGGUAUAAAGUCGCGAUAAAGUCUCUAAGUUGGCAACACUGAGAAAAUAGUGUACUGUCUCUUUAAAGUGUCUCGGUAUGAAAAGUUCGUGCUAGGUCAGCGUCAGAGCCGAGCAGCCGAGCAGCCUGCCCCCGCCUCCAGUCCCCCUCCCCAGUGUUUCCGCCCGAGCAGCGCCGAGUGACACGAGUUCCUACCAUGUAAACACUCCUCAAACCUUUCUGAUCAUUAUUUACCGAGCAGCAGCCGUGGCUGAAAAGGAGAAGAAUAAAGAGAAGCAGCGUUGCGCGGGUUAAGUGUAGCGGAGGGAGACUGAAAAUUAGGGCUGUAUUUAUCACACUGCAGCAGCAGCAGAUGGCCGGCGACAGCGGGGAGAGGAAACGGCUGCCGAAGAGACCGUCACCCGGCCACAGAGCGGAGAAAGCGAGCGGCAGUAUAACCGAGCCGGACAGGGUUCAGGCCAGACUCGUGAGCUGUGCAGAUCGCGGUGGGCGUAAAGAGCGGAGAGGGAAAGAAAACAGCGCGGGGAAAGCGAGCGCGUCGGCAGCGCGGCCAAACCCGGAGAGGAUGGAGGAGGCGGAGUGCUGCGGAUCCACCGACAGGGCAGACCCCGGCCUUUUCUUCGACGAGGACAGCAACCAAAUUUUCCCAGUAGAGCAGUUCUUCGGAAACCUGGAUGCAGUUCAGGACAUUUCACACAAAUCUACCGGCACGGAGGGAAUGAGCAGACGAGAGUACAGGAGGCGCCAUUACUAUGCCAAAGAGGACAGUGACGAGGAGCAGACAUAACACAUGCGCAGGCUAUGUUUAAAACUCUGACGCAUCCAUUGUAUGUACAUUUAUUGAAAAUUUCUACAAUCAUUUGUAAUAAAGGCAGAAUCUUUCUGUAUAGAAAUAAGUUUCCAAAAGGACACUUGUGUGGGUUUAUCUAAUGUUAAAAAAAAAAGCUAUAGUUUUGGAGUUGUAAAGAAUUUUCUUUUGUAAGCAGCUCUGUAUGUGGGCGGAGUUUUAACUAAUUUAAUGUAACUUUUAAAAAAAGAUUUUUUUUUAAAAUUUUUUUUUUUAAAGGAUUUUACUAUUUCUAUAUGAAAUUUGCCUGUUUUUUCACCCACUCUCAGUUCUACCAGCAUCCCGAGUGCACAACAGAUUACUAUCAGUACGAUCUCAUUUCAGGGAUUAUCGUCAUAACAGUUGUAAUCACAGUGAAGAAUGUUUUUGAGACUUAAACCAGCUUUAGUUUAUAAACUUUCAGUGUUGCAGCUACAAAAAUACAGUGACUUGAGGCCUUGAUAAAGAGCAUAUUAAAAGUACAUUAGCAGAGCAUGAAACAGUGCCUCAGGCUUCUUUUAUAAAAAGUAACUAAAAGUAAUUUUGAUUGUAAGGAGGUGUGUUGGUAAAGUGUGAGUAGCAUUGAUUGAAAAUUAAGAUGUUACAAUUAUGAAAACGUACAGGAGUACUUGGGAGUGAAGUCAGAGAUGAAGCUUUAUGUAAGUUGAAUUUGCAUGGCACACAGAAGCACAGUCGUGCUGCAGGAAGAGAAAGGUAGCUCAGAAGGUAAUCUAUAUAUAAUUGAAUAAAAUAAAAUGAAGUACAUUGAAGAUGAACAGCUUGAAGAAAGCCUGGGUCCUUUGAACAUGGCUACACACAGAUGCACGCACCCACACACAUGCACACGAGCAUUGCCGGCUUGGCUCAAACCUGAGCUCUGGUUACUCUCUGUGUGGAGUGGAUUUCCACCUCUUAAUUGCCCCUGGGUGUAAAUGAGUGUAUGAAUGUGUGUGUGUGUGUGUGUGUUGCCCAGUAGUGGACUGGUGUCCUGGCCAGGGUGUGUCCCUGCUUCAUCCCAGUCUUCCUAGUAUAGGCUCCAGAUCCAGCAUGACCCUGACCAGGAUAAAGCACUUACUGAAGACUAGUUUUAUCAUGUGCAGGUGUAAACAUGUUCAUAACUUCCCUUGCCAAGAAAGACCAUUUUAGGCUACAACAAUUAUCCAUCCAUACAUCCAUCUUCUAUACCGCUUGUCCUUUUCAGGGUCACGGGGAACCUGUAGCCUAUCCCAGGAAGCAUCGGGCACAAGGCAGGGUACACCCUGGACGGGCUGCCAAUCCAUCACAGGGCACAAUCACACAUACGAUUCACACACCCAUUCAUACACUACGGACACUUUGGACAUGCCAAUCAGCCUACCAUGCAUGUCUUUGGACUGGGGGAGGAAACCGGAGUACCCGGAGGGAACCCCCGCAGCACGGGGAGAACAUGCAAACUCUGCACACACAGCGGUGGGAAUCGAACCCCCGACCCUGGCGAACGUGCUAACCACUAAGCCACUGUGCGCCCGCUACAACAAUUAUGUUUUGGUAUAUGUAAUUCAUUAGCAUACCUGUACAUAAAAUAGCUUUGCAUAAUAAUAUGAAGCACUUAAGUUAGGAACAUAAUUGGUAGCUCCAGUCUUUUUAUAGACAGACUGUGAUGUGAUGAGACAAACUUAACGUGGACAGGAGGUUCGUUUUACACGUCAUGUGAUGUCCGUUAAGUGCCUUAGUCAGGAAAAAUCAUUGUGUAAACUUUUGUAAAGACUGAAUAUUGUUGUUUGUUCUUAAAUACCAGUUUGAUGGGUUUUUUUCUGUCUGUAAGUGUAAUAUUUA